CAACCAGCAAUGAAUCUUGACUCGCUCUCGCUGGCCUUGUCUCAAAUCAGCUACCUGGUGGACAAUUUAACCAAGAAAAACUACCGAGCCAGCCAGCAGGAAAUACAGCAUAUUGUGAAUAGGCACGGUCCCGAGGCAGACAGGCAUUUACUACGCUGUCUAUUCUCGCACGUGGAUUUCAGUGGCGAUGGUAAAAGUAGUGGCAAAGAUUUCCAUCAGACUCAAUUUCUGAUCCAGGAGUGUGCGUCGCUGAUUACGAAACCAAACUUUAUCUCGACGCUGUCCUACGCCAUUGACAAUCCGUUGCACUAUCAGAAGAGUCUAAAGCCUUCACCCCAUUUAUUUGCCCAAUUGAGUAAAGUCAUCAAAUUAAGUAAAGUUCAAGAGGUGAUUUUUGGCCUUGCCUUACUGAACUCUUUCAGCUCGGAUCUACGAGGUUUUGCUGCCCAGUUUAUCAAACAGAAACUCCCGGAUCUUUUGCGCUCUUACAUUGACGCGGACGUCAGUGGAAAUCAAGAAGGUGGCUUCCAAGAUAUUGCAAUAGAGGUCCUGCACCUUCUCCUCUCCCAUCUCCUUUUUGGGCAGAAGGGAGCCUUUGGGGUAGGACAGGAACAGAUUGACGCUUUUCUCAAAACAUUACGUAGAGAUUUUCCCCAGGAACGUUGCCCUGUGGUGCUUGCACCACUUCUAUACCCUGAAAAACGGGACAUUCUAAUGGACAGGAUCCUGCCUGAUUCUGGAGGGAUAGCCAAAACCAUGAUGGAGAGUUCUCUGGCAGAUUUCAUGCAAGAAGUUGGCUAUGGCUUUUGUACAAGUGUUGAAGAAUGUCGCAACAUAAUCAUGCAGUUUGGUGUUCGGGAAGUCACGGCUGCCCAGGUUGCCAGGGUUUUGGGGAUGAUGGCUCGAACUCAUUCUGGAUUGACAGAUGGCAUUCCAUUACAAUCUAUUUCGGCUCCUGGCAGUGGGAUUUGGAGUGAUGGGAAGGAUAAAAGUGAUGGAGCACAAGCGCACACCUGGAAUGUGGAGGUCUUAAUUGAUGUUCUGAAAGAGCUGAAUCCUAGCCUGGACUUCAAAGUGGUAACCUAUGAAUUGGACCAUCCGGGAUUUCAGAUUCGUGACAGCAAGGGCCUGCAUAUUGUAGUGUUUGGCAUCCAGAGAGGGCUAGGCAUGGAGGUUUUCCCAGUUAAUGCCAUAUACAGACCUUGGAAGCACGCAGAGGGCCAGCUCUCCUUCAUUCAACAUUCCCUCAUAAACCCUGACAUCUUCUGUUUUGCUGACUACCCUUGUCAUACUGUUGCCACAGAUAUCCUGAAAGCACCACCAGAGGAUGACAAUCGAGAAAUUGCUACUUGGAAGAGCCUGGAUUUGAUUGAAUCUCUGUUACGAUUGGCAGAAGUGGGACAGUAUGAGCAGGUUAAGCAGCUCUUCAGUUUUCCCAUCAAGCAUUGCCCAGAUAUGUUGGUAUUGGCCUUACUGCAGAUCAACACAUCCUGGCAUACCUUGCGCCAUGAACUCAUCUCCACACUCAUGCCAAUUUUCCUGGGCAACCAUCCCAACUCUGCCAUCAUCUUGCACUAUGCAUGGCAUGGACAGGGUCAGUCUCCUUCGAUUCGUCAGCUUAUCAUGCAUGCAAUGGCAGAAUGGUACAUGAGAGGGGAACAGUAUGACCAGGCAAAAUUGUCACGUAUUCUUGAUGUGGCGCAAGACUUAAAGGCCUUGUCAAUGCUGCUAAAUGGUACUCCAUUUGCCUUUGUUAUUGACCUUGCUGCACUUGCCUCUCGACGGGAAUACCUCAAACUUGACAAAUGGCUCACAGAUAAAAUUCGGGAGCAUGGGGAGCCCUUCAUCCAGGCCUGUAUGACUUUCUUGAAGAGAAGAUGUCCAUCUAUCCUGGGUGGCCUUGCUCCAGAAAAAGAUCAGCCCAAAAGUGCUCAACUGCCUCCAGAAACCUUGGCGACUAUGCUGGCAUGUCUGCAAGCUUGUGCUGGGAGUGUUUCUCAGGAGCUGUCGGAGACCAUCCUCACCAUGGUAGCUAACUGCAGUAAUGUCAUGAACAAGGCGAGACAGCCACCCCCUGGAGUCAUGCCGAAAGGCCGCCCGCCCAGCGCCAGCAGCUUGGAUGCCAUCUCUCCUGUACAGAUCGACUCGCUUGCAGGAAUGGCAUCGCUUAGUCUAGGUGGCUCAGCUGCUCCUCAUACCCAGAGCAUGCAAGGCUUCCCUCCAAACCUGGGCUCUGCGUUCAGUACUCCUCAGUCACCAGCAAAAGCGUUUCCCCCUCUUUCCACCCAAAACCAGACAACAGGUUUCAGUGGCAUCGGGGGACUCUCUUCCCAGCUUCCAGGUGGUCUUACUACGGGUAGCCUGACUGGCAUAGGAACUGGAGCCCUGGGCCUUCCUGCGGUGAACAAUGACCCAUUCGUGCAAAGGAAGCUGAGCACAUCUGGACUGAACCAGCCUACAUUCCAGCAGAGUAAGAUGAAACCUUCUGACUUAUCUCAGGUGUGGCCGGAGGCUAAUCAGCACUUUAGCAAAGAAAUAGAUGAUGAGGCAAACAGCUACUUCCAGCGUAUUUACAACCAUCCACCACAUCCAACCAUGUCCGUUGAUGAGGUCUUGGAAAUGCUGCAGAGGUUUAAGGACUCAAAUAUUAAACGGGAGCGAGAAGUGUUCAACUGUAUGCUGAGGAACUUGUUUGAGGAAUACCGUUUCUUUCCCCAGUACCCAGAUAAAGAGCUGCACAUAACAGCCUGCCUCUUUGGUGGGAUAAUAGAGAAAGGACUGGUUACUUAUAUGGCAUUGGGCCUGGCCCUGCGCUAUGUUCUUGAAGCCUUACGAAAGCCUUUUGCAUCCAAAAUGUACUAUUUUGGUAUUGCUGCACUAGAUAGAUUUAAAAAUAGACUGAAGGACUAUCCCCAGUAUUGUCAGCACUUGGCUUCUAUUAGUCACUUUAUACAGUUCCCGCAUCAUUUACAGGAGUACAUAGAAUACGGACAGCAGUCCAGAGAUCCUCCUGUGAAGAUGCAGGGUUCAAUCACCACCCCUGGAAGUAUUGCACUUGCCCAGGCUCAGGCCCAGGCCCAAGUUCCAGCAAAAGCUCCUCUUGCUGGCCAAGUCAGCACUAUAGUAACCACCUCAACCACCACCACUGUUGCAAAAACCAUUACAAUCACCCGACCAACUGGAGUCAGCUUCAAGAAGGAUGUGCCGCCUUCCAUUAAUACUACCAACAUUGAUACGCUGUUAGUAGCAACAGAUCAAACAGAGAGAAUUGUGGAACCUCCAGAGAAUGUCCAGGAAAAAAUUGCUUUCAUCUUCAAUAAUUUGUCUCAGUCAAAUAUGACACAGAAGGUUGAGGAAUUGAAGGAAACAGUGAAAGAAGAGUUCAUGCCUUGGGUAUCACAGUAUCUUGUGAUGAAGAGGGUCAGUAUUGAGCCUAAUUUUCACAGCUUAUAUUCAAACUUCCUUGACACGCUGAAGAAUCCAGAAUUUAAUAAAAUGGUUCUGAAUGAAACCUACAGAAACAUCAAGGUGCUACUGACAUCGGAUAAAGCUGCAGCCAACUUCUCAGACCGUUCCUUGUUAAAGAACCUUGGUCACUGGCUGGGAAUGAUUACGCUGGCUAAAAAUAAGCCCAUCUUGCACACGAAGAUUUGGAUGGUUGCCAAAGUCUUAGAAUCCAGCGUCAGGAGUGUGGUCUUCAGGCCUCCAAACCCAUGGACAAUGGCCAUUAUGAAUGUUUUAGCUGAGCUACAUCAAGAGCAUGAUCUAAAAUUGAAUCUGAAGUUUGAGAUUGAGGUGCUCUGCAAGAAUCUUGCACUAGACAUCAAUGAGCUGAAACCUGGAAGUCUCCUGAAAGAUAAGGAUCGUCUGAAAAAUCUGGAUGAGCAGCUGUCUGCUCCGAAGAAGGAUGUGAAACAGCCAGAAGAGCUACCACCCAUCACAACGACUACUGCUUCUACAACUCCAGCUACCAGCACCACUUGUACAGCCACGGUUCCUCCACAGCCCCAGUACAGUUAUCACGACAUCAACGUCUAUUCUUUAGGAGGGUUGGCUCCGCAUAUUACCUUAAAUCCAACGAUUCCGCUGUUUCAAGCCCACCCGCAGCUGAAGCAGUGUGUGCGGCAGGCAAUAGAGCGAGCAGUGCAAGAGCUUGUCCAUCCGGUGGUCGAUCGGUCCAUUAAGAUUGCCAUGACUACUUGUGAGCAGAUAGUCAGGAAGGACUUUGCGCUGGAUUCAGAGGAGUCGCGAAUGCGUGUGGCCGCACACCAUAUGAUGCGGAACCUCACUGCUGGGAUGGCCAUGAUUACCUGCAGGGAACCUUUGCUGAUGAGCAUAGCUACCAACCUGAAAAACAGUUUUGCCACUGCGCUGAGGGCAGCCUCCCCACAACAGAGGGACAUGAUGGAGCAAGCAGCUGCCCAGUUAGCGCAGGACAACUGUGAGCUAGCAUGCUGCUUUAUCCAGAAGACAGCUGUGGAAAAGGCAGGCCCUGAGAUGGACAAGAGGCUUGCAACUGAAUUUGAGCUCAGAAAACAUGCUAGACAAGAGGGUCGUCGGUACUGUGAUCCCGUGGUGUUAACUUACCAGGCUGAGCGAAUGCCAGAACAGAUCAGGUUAAAGGUUGGAGGUGUGGACCCAAAGCAGCUGGCUGUUUAUGAGGAGUUUGCACGCAAUGUCCCUGGCUUCUUGCCUACCAAUGACUUAACUCAGCCUACAGGAUUCUUGGCUCAGCCCAUGAAGCAAGCUUGGGCUACGGAUGAUGUAGCACAAAUCUAUGACAAAUGUAUGACAGAACUGGAGCAGCACCUGCAGUCCAUCCCACACACCCUAGCCAUGAAUCCUCAAGCUCAAGCGUUGCGCAGCCUGUUGGAGGCUGUGGUAGUGGCUCGUAACUCCCGUGAUGCUAUUGCUGCACUUGGACUACUGCAGAAGGCUGUGGAGGGCUUACUGGAUGCCACCAGUGGGGCAGAUGCUGACCUCCUGCUUCGCUAUCGCGAGUGUCAUCUGCUGGUGCUGAAGGCUCUGCAGGAUGGCCGUGCAUAUGGAUCUCCGUGGUGUAAUAAACAAAUUACUAGGUGCCUGAUCGAANNNNGAGAUGAGUACAAGUAAAAUGUGGAAGCUGUGGAGCUGCUAAUCCGCAAUCACCUGGUUAACAUGCAGCAGUACGACCUUCACUUGGCUCAGUCAAUGGAGAAUGGCUUGAACUAUAUGGCUGUGGCGUUUGCCAUGCAGCUGGUAAAAAUCCUGCUGGUGGAUGAGAGAAGUGUUGCCCACGUGACAGAGGCAGAUCUGUUCCACACGAUUGAGACACUCAUGAGGAUUAAUGCUCAUUCCAGAGGAAACGCCCCAGAAGGAUUACCCCAGCUGAUGGAAGUGGUCCGAUCAAACUAUGAAGCGAUGAUUGACCGUGCUCACGGAGGUCCCAAUUUCAUGAUGCAUUCGGGAAUUUCCCAAGCCUCUGAGUAUGAUGAUCCGCCAGGUCUGAGGGAGAAGGCAGAAUACCUGCUGCGGGAGUGGGUCAACCUCUACCAUUCAGCUGCAGCGGGCCGUGAUAGUACCAAAGCAUUCUCUGCGUUUGUUGGACAGAUGCACCAGCAAGGAAUCCUGAAAACGGAUGACCUGAUCACCCGCUUUUUCCGUCUUUGCACCGAAAUGUGUGUUGAAAUCAGCUAUCGUGCUCAGGCUGAGCAACAGCAUAAUCCUGCUGCCAACCCCACUAUGAUUCGAGCCAAGUGCUACCACAAUCUGGAUGCCUUUGUGCGACUUAUUGCACUGCUAGUGAAGCACUCUGGGGAGGCAACCAACACAGUUACAAAGAUCAACCUCCUGAAUAAGGUUCUCGGUAUUGUGGUGGGAGUUCUUCUGCAAGACCAUGAUGUUCGUCAGAGUGAGUUUCAGCAGCUUCCUUACCAUCGCAUUUUCAUCAUGUUGCUGUUGGAAUUAAAUGCUCCUGAGCAUGUGCUGGAGACCAUCAACUUCCAGACACUCACAGCCUUCUGUAACACAUUUCACAUCCUGAGGCCUACAAAAGCUCCAGGUUUUGUUUAUGCCUGGCUGGAACUCAUCUCCCAUCGGAUAUUUAUUGCAAGAAUGCUGGCACAUACACCACAGCAGAAGGGUUGGCCUAUGUAUGCCCAGUUACUGAUCGAUCUUUUCAAGUACUUGGCUCCUUUCCUUAGAAAUGUGGAACUCACCAAACCUAUGCAAAUCCUUUACAAGGGCACUCUGCGUGUGUUGCUGGUCUUGUUGCAUGAUUUCCCAGAAUUUCUUUGUGACUACCACUACGGGUUCUGUGAUGUGAUCCCACCUAACUGUAUUCAGCUAAGGAAUCUGAUCCUGAGUGCCUUCCCACGGAACAUGCGGCUUCCAGACCCUUUUACCCCCAAUCUGAAGGUGGACAUGUUAAGUGAGAUUAAUAUUGCUCCACGAAUACUGACGAAUUUCACUGGAGUGAUGCCCCCUCAGUUCAAAAAAGACUUGGAUUCCUAUCUCAAAACCCGUUCUCCAGUCACUUUUUUGUCUGAUUUGCGCAGCAACCUACAGGUAUCAAAUGAACCUGGCAACCGCUACAACAUCCAGCUGAUUAACGCACUGGUGCUCUACGUCGGUACACAAGCUAUUGCGCACAUUCACAACAAAGGCAGCACGCCCUCUAUGAGCACCAUUACCCACUCGGCUCACAUGGACAUCUUCCAGAAUUUGGCAGUGGACCUGGACACUGAAGGCCGGUACCUUUUCCUGAACGCAAUCGCCAAUCAGCUGCGAUACCCCAACAGUCACACGCACUACUUCAGCUGCACCAUGCUGUACCUGUUUGCAGAGGCCAACACGGAGGCUAUCCAGGAGCAGAUCACUAGGGUUCUCUUGGAACGACUGAUUGUAAAUAGGCCUCAUCCUUGGGGUCUCCUUAUUACGUUCAUUGAGCUGAUAAAAAACCCAGCGUUCAAGUUCUGGAACCAUGAGUUUGUUCACUGCGCUCCAGAAAUUGAGAAGCUGUUCCAGUCGGUUGCACAGUGCUGCAUGGGGCAGAAGCAGGCCCAGCAAGUGAUGGAAGGGACUGGUGCCAGUUAGAUGAGCUGUGUUGCGUGCUGGAAGCGUGCCAGCCCGGAGGUCCCCGUCCCAUUGACCGGCAGAAGACUCUGUAAGGCUCCUCCUGACCUCCCUAGCCCCCCUGAUUGGGUAGACGCAACAGACCCUGGGUGAAAGUCUGUGUGGGCACGUUCCAAAGUUUGAAACAAAUCUCUGACUCUUGGCCAAAAUUCAGAAGAUGCUGUGAAUAUCACUUUGAACUAGUGUAAAUACAAGGAACAGAAACGUUUGUCUGGACUUUUGGGUUUGUGCAAAUUGUGUAAAAGGCAGGUGGGUAACCGGUGCCUGUCCAGCUUGUAAUAAAGGGGCAGCUGCUGAUGCCAAGCACUUGUCUGGGGCAGACCUCCUUGUCCUGACAUUCCCAGACUCCCAAAGAAUAUUGAAAAUAUUAUGUAACUUAUUUUUCUUUAUGUGGAUGAGGGACCUUUAAAUCACUUCAGUUGUUUUACAAAAAAAAAAAAAAGGUGGCUGUCUUUGGAAUACGGGAAUACUACGGAGUAGAGGAGGGGUGAGGGAGAGGUUAGGGCUGAGCUUUGCUUUCCCCCCACCCUCACCAGAUGCUGACAGGCAGCGAGUGGAGUGGCAGUCCGAGAAUGCCUCCUUUACCUGGAGGGGACACACCUCAGGCCCUGUGGGAGAGGGUCGGCUGUUUUUAGUAAAGAAACCAGAGACCAGGGCUAUAGCUUUUUU